AUGAAUACGCAAGAAACGACGGCGAUUAGUCUUUUAAUGGAGAAUGUAAUAAAUACCAGUACAAGUACAGAACAAGAAAAUUUAAGUACUAGUGAAACAGAUUGGAAUAAUAGUAGUCAUUCAACCAGUAAUACAUCUUCAAGCAGCGAAGAAAAUGAUGAUAUCUUCUUUCCUCUAAUGAAAUAUUUAAUCAGUGGACGUAAAAGACAUCGGGUUGAACAUUACCUUCACGUUGUGGAUAAUUGGACAGAUUUAGAAUUUAAGGAGCACUUGCGAAUCAAUCGCAUUAUAGCAAUUCGAUUAAUAGAUGAAUUGCAUGAUAGUGGAUAUAUUCCUUCACAUUCAUUUGGAGUUAAACCGAUUGAAGCAAAACUCUGUUUUCUU